UGUCAAGCGCUGGACGCCACGGCGGAGUGUGAAUAAGCGGCUUUACACAUCUGAACCUUUCCCGAGAAUUAAGGAGAAAAAAAGGAGAAACCCCGGAGAUCAGCGCUGGGUGGAUUUGGGGCACAUGGAAACGCAAUGUUGCUGGAAAUACGGCGGUGGACUUUAUCAUAGUUUCACUCGAGUGGAGGCAAAGUGAGCUGCGUGAUAAACAUGCUCACCCCGGUGUUGGCCUCCCUGCUGCCUCUCCUGCUCCUCUGUCGGAUUUCUUUCUGCCAAUAUUCAAGUGACCAGUGCAGCUGGAAGGGCAGUGGUCUAACCCAUGAGGGCCACACCAGGGAUGUGGAACAGGUGUACUUGCGUUGCUCCCAAGGCUCUCUGGAGUGGCUCUAUCCCACGGGGGCCAUCAUUGUCAACCUCCGACCCAACACCAUCUCCCCUGCAGCCACACGCCUCUCUGUCUGUAUCAAACCCUCCACAGAUUCCAGUGGCACCAACGUCUACCUGGACCGAAAUGGAAAGCUGCGGUUACUGCUGCAUGAAGAAGACCAGGCUCAGGGCAAGGUGCACUGCUUCAGCAUUCAGGAGGGGGCGCUUUUCAUCGAGGCUGUCCCGCACAUGGACAUCAGCCGCCGGAUCACAGCGUUCCAGUACGAGCUGGUCAGCGACAGGCUGGGACCAGAGGCGCAUUCACUGGGUGCACCCUGUCAGCCCUGCAGUGACGCUGAGAUGCUUCUAGCAGUCUGCACCAACGACUUUGUGGCACGGGGCAGCAUUAAGAAGGUGGAGCAGGAGGAGGAGCACUCGUCUGUCAUCGUGCAGAUCAGUCGCCUCUACAGACAGAAGACCCAGGUCUUUGUGUCUGGGGGUGUGAGAGCACGAAGCUGGACUGGUCGCAUCAAGAUGCCACCUCAAUGUGGGGUGAAGUCUGGUGACGGUGAAUUCCUCUUCACCGGGACAGUGAGGUUUGGGGAGGCCUGGAUGGGCUGUGCCCCACGCUACAAAGACUUCCUACGGUUGUACCAUGAGGCGCAGCAGCAGGGGAACAACCCUUGUCAUGUGGACACUGACUGAGCAGAUGACUUGCCCAUGCUUGGCAAAAAGGACACUGGGUGGGGAGGAGAGCUGAACCAAGUGUUCAUGCUGAGGAGAGAAAGAGACUGACAUACUGGCCCAGUGGCACAGCCUCUCUCCUCUCCUGCUGUCUCAGACUCUUUGGAGACAAAGAGCGGAGCUCCCGAAUGUUGCCAAGCAGCAUGCUAGCUGGACUCCAAGUUGAACGUGAUGCAAAGAGGAAUGUGUCCGGACUGCCUUUUUUGCAGAUGAGGAACUUCCAGGUUUUAAAUGUAGCAGACCCUAUUUGGUUUUUAUGUGUAUAAAAUGUGAAUGAACAUUGUAUAUUUUGAAGCUCCACAUGCUUUGUAAAAAGCUUGAUGUACAGUUCUGAAGUUAUUUCUUAUGAAAGAAAUAUAUAAAGUUAAAGCCUCUUUUUAUUUUGUUAAAAAAAAAGAUUCACAAUUUAAUGCCUGAAUUGACGUGCUUUUCAGGUUGUACAAUUGUAAAAAAAAACAAAAACAAACAAGAAACGCAACAAAAGAAGCAAAAUCUUUUUUUUUUGCCCCUUGAGAAUAAAAGCUUUUAUUCCUUGGAACAGCGAUCAUCUCUGGUGUUUAUAUGUAAAAUAAAUAAUUGAAUAACUUAA